AUGGGCAACAUUGUGUCUAGGGAGCUGCGUGGGCCAAAAGGAGCCAGGGCUUCCGCCGGUCCAGAGCAGCGGCAGGUGACAAAAGCAACAGCCGUCUCUCCCCUGGCUCCCUCUGCUCCUGGAGAAGAAGACAAAGAGGAGCAAAGGAAGCAGGACAGCCGCAAGCGUCAAUCUGUGGUCCCAGCACAGCCUGAUCAUCCCAAGAGAGUCCUUGUAAAGAAUGAGCAGGAACAGACGGCUUUAUCAGAGAUGCCAUGCCAAGCUCAGGGAGAGCUGUUCCCAGCCCGAGAGCAGGAAGAGCAGCUCAGGCAGCAGGUGGAAGAGCCACAGCAGAAUGGCCAGGACAUUAAGGCAGAGCCACAAGCAGAGCUGCCCGAAGUUCAGAGUGCCAUCAUGGCAGUGAAGAGGAGGAACAAAGAAGACAUGAGAAGAAUUCAAGAGGAGACAAAUCUCUAUCACCACAGGAGCGAUCAACAAAACCAGGUAAGUGAGAGAGUGGAAGCCACUCCACUCAUGAAACUUCCUGUCUAUUGUCUCCAGACCAUCGAGGAAGAGGUGCAGGAAGAGCUGCAGAAAACUGAAGCUAGGAUCAAGGUUUUGGAGAAGAGGCAGGAGGAAGAAAUGAAAAUCAUCAGAGAGAAAGUUAAUUCCCUCCCUCAGGCUCUACAAAAGCAAGUGGAAGUGUUGCUAUCUCACCUGGCAGCCUGUGAAGACUUCCGGCAAACAACUGGCAAUGAAGGGCCCCAAGGCUGGCGUGAGGCACAGGCACUGUCCCCACCAGAAGUGCUAGAGGUUCAGCACAUGGGCUCUGGCAGUAAACCUGCAGCUGCUGCAGCAUUACCCCCAGGAACCCAUUCCGUCAAACCUGGGAACUCAAUCUUGGGCAGUUCCUUCAUGUCUUUAACACAGAAGAUUGAGAAGGGGUACCUGGAGAUGCUGGGGAGAAUGGUGACCAUGGGAAAUCCCACGAUUAAAUACACUGAACUGGAACACAUUGGCAGCGGAUCUUUUGGAAAUGUGGUUAGAGCAGUGGACAAUGCCACAGGGGGAGAGGUGGCCAUAAAGAAAAUAAAUAUUCAAGAAAUGAAGAGGAAGCAACUAACCUUUCAUGAAAUCAUGAUCAUGAAGAGGCAUAGGAGUCCCAGUGUUGUGAAUUAUUUAGACAGCUACCUCCUGGGUGAGCAACUCUGGCUGGUUAUGGAGUACAUGGACGGAGGCGCCCUGUGUGAUGUCAUCAGCAAGUGCUACCUGUCUGAAGAGGAGAUGGCAGCCAUCAGUCGGGAGUGCCUGCAAGGACUGGAUUUUCUUCACUCCAACCACGUGAUCCACCGAGAUGUGAAGAGCAGCAACAUCCUUCUCAGAACCGAUGGCUCUGUCAAGCUGGCUGAUUUUGGCCUCUCUACUGAGUUCACUCCUGAGCAGAGUGGAGGGUGCUGGGUAGCUGGGACUCCUUGGUGGAUGGCACCUGAAGUGGUGACAGGUCAACCAUAUGGCCCCAAAGUGGACAUAUGGUCUUUUGGAAUUGUGGGAUUUGAAAUGGUAGAUGGAGAACCCCCUUACUGGAACCAAAGUCCUGCCUUGGUUAAACACCUGAUAGCCUCAAUAGGGACCCCACAGCUGCGGCAGCCCAACCUGUUUUCACUUUGUCUGCGUGACUUCCUGAGCUGCUGCCUGCAGACAGAUGAGGCACGGCGCUGGUCUGCCAAGGAUCUCCUGCAGCAUCCAUUUGUAGUAUCAGCCAAGCCAACAUCCAUCCUGGCACCACUUAUUGUCUCAGUGAAGAAGAAGAGGAAGUAGGAGACGAGAAGGUAACAAUUAUGUCCAGGAUGUUAGGACUGGAAUUAAAUAAAGUUUCUGAAACAUCAA